AUUUGUGUUCGCUUGUUUUUUGUUUUGCUUUUAUCAGAUAAGCCCCCCUUGAUACGCGCGAUUCUGUCUUUGUACAGCGGGUCAUUUGGAGUUGUUGUGCGCGAAGAACCGGCUGCGACCGCAUUCGCUGAUCUCCGUGUCCGUGUACGGGCAGCCUUUUUCGGUCCAAUUUGGUGUUUGCAGAAGUGCUAAAUUCUUGUGUGCAAUGGCAGCGGCAACGGUGAAUAUUAAGCACGUCACCGUCAUUGGUGGCGGUGUGAUGGGUUCCGGCAUUGCGAUGAUAACAGCCGCCAACGGGUACCGGGUGACCGUGGUCGAGGUGAGCGAGGAUGCGGCCGGACGUGCGAGGCGCCAGGUGGAGAAAGAUCUGCGCCGGAUGGCCCAACACGUCAGCAAGGGCAACGAGCAGGCGGAGGGUAAGUUCUUCACCGACACCGCCGCCCGCUUGGCGUACAGCGUGCAGCUAGAGGAGGUCGUUGCCGGCACCGAUCUUGUCAUUGAAGCGAUCGUGGAAAAUCUUCAGCAAAAGCAAACGCUCUUCAAACUGCUCGAUCAGAAAGCACCCCCUCACACCAUUCUCACCAGCAACACCUCCUCGCUGUCGAUCGGCGAGAUUGGUUCGACGGCCGCCCGCAAAGAUCGCAUCGGUGGGCUACACUUCUUCAACCCCGUGCCGAUGAUGCGGCUGAUCGAGGUGGUGCGCACCAAGGACACAUCAGACGCGACGCACGAAGCGUUGCUGGCGUUUGGGAAAAGUUUGCGCAAAACGUGCAUCACCUGCCGGGAUGUGCCGGGCUUCGUCGUCAAUCGGUUGCUGUUUCCGGUGAUACACGAGGCGCUCGGGAUGGUGGAGCGGGGCGAUGCGACCCACCGGGACGUGGACGUGGCGAUGAAGCUGGGGCUCGGCCACCCGAUGGGCCCGUUCGAGCUGAUGGACAUUGUCGGGCUGGACACGGUGCGCUCGAUACUGCACGAACGGCACGCGCGCAACCCGGCGGACGAGGGAACGCGGCCGAGCGAACUGCUCGAGCGGAUGGUGGUGCGCGAGAAGAAGCUGGGGGUGAAGUCGGGCGAAGGGUUUUACAGCUACAAAUAAAAGUAAGAUGGGUGGAUGGGUGGUGGUGGGUUUACGUUUGACCUGUGUUUGAUCAUUCGAAGAAAUAUACUUUAAAACAUUGUUUUUUAAA